AUGAUGUUGAGACGCUCGAAACCAUCAACUAAAAAAAGACAUUCCAUGUUUCUUGAUAUGAAACCACGUCUUUCCAAUACUCGAGAUGGUGAAGAAGAAGUUAGCAAGUAUAUGUACCAGACUAAGAACAAAUCUUUGGAUAACAUAGGUGAGUACGUGCCCGAAGUUACUCCAAGACCGAAAAUUCACCACAAGUCUCGUUUGAAGAGAAGUAGUGUCAUGCUAGAUAAUGCGCUGGUUAGAGAUUAUAAUUUAGCGGUUAACCAUUUCGAGAAAAAGGAAUCAAAUAGAAAGUCAGUCGUAAUACCAUCGCCGGAUUCAAACAAUUCGUUAUCGUCGCAGAAUAGUAAAGUUUCAUCACUUUUCUCUUCGUCAAGUACACUGUCAAUUCGUGAUUAUCUUUGUGAAGAAAUUGAGACUGAAACUGAAACUGAAUCUGCGAGUCCCGUUAAAAACUGUAAAAGACUGUUUAACGUUGGUGGGCAACUGGAUUGUAAUGAUUCGUAUGAUGAUGAUGAUAUUUAUGAUUUACCCUUACAAACUGCAUACUGCCGUACAAGUUUAGAAUUCGAUUAA